UGCAGACGAGCUGGAAGUUUCUGGAUCAUCAUGAACGUGGGUUUGGAUCCUCCUGGAUCGAGUGAGCAGAGAAACGAACCGUGACGCUUCCAUCCAGCCCAAGUCUCACAGCAUCAUGGAAUCAAACUCGUCCCACAACCUGAGCGUGCUGGAGGAGCCGACGUUCUCCAACGCCUCCAACAGGUCAUGUGACUUUCUGUCACCGUCGGUCUCCCGCUACCAAAAGAGCCUCAUCCCGGUGGUCUACAUGCUCAUCUUCAUCCUGGGCUUCCUGGGGAACGUUCUGGCCGUGUGUGUGCUGGGACAGAAGUCGCUGAGGUCCACGGUCGCCAACACGUACCUGCUGAACCUGGCCAUGUCCGACCUGUUCUUCCUCUCCAGUCUCCCGUUCUGGGCGGCGUACUAUGUCCUGGACUACGACUGGCCUUUCGGGUCCUUCAUGUGCAAGCUGUGCGGCGCGUUGUCCUCGCUAAACAUCUACGCUAGCAUCUUCUUCAUCACGGGGAUGAGCGUGGACCGGUACCGCGCCAUCGUCUACCCCCUGCGCUCGCACUGCCACGAGAGCAGGUACCGCGCCAAGAGCGUCUUCCAGGCGAGGUGUUUGUGCGCCAUCAUCUGGGUCCUGGCGACUCUGACCACCGUUCCGACGAUAGUCUUUCGGGAAACGCAUUACCUUAGCGACUUCAACGUGACCGUGUGCGGCAUUAAGUACCCGGGCGAGCUCUGGCACGCGACGCUAACUCUCGCCAAGAACUUCCUCGGCUUCGUGAUUCCCUUUAUCGUGAUCGCGAUAUGUUACGGCAGGAUCGGGUGGCACCUGCUGGCAUCGCCGGAUCUGGUGGAGCCCGACUCGGCGCGUCUGGAGCGCGUCCGGCGUCUGGCUCUGGCCGUGGUGGCGGCUUUCUUCGUCUGCUGGUUCCCCUUCCACGUCCUGGCCUUCAUGGGCGCCCUGAAGGAGCUCGGCGUGGAAUGGAGCUGCGGAGCCGAGAGAGCCCUGGGUGCCAUGAUGCCGGCUUCGCUGUCCCUCGGCUUCGCCAAUUCCGCCGUCAACCCGCUGCUCUACUGCUUCGUGGGGAACCGGUUCCGGCAGCAGCUGCGCCGCCUCUGUGAGGAGAAGGUGCCGAAGAUCGCGAUGCAGAAACGGGACUCGGUCAGCAUGCGGCUCAGCUCAUUCUCACGGAAUCUCAGCGACACCAAGGACACCGUCGCCUCGACGAACCCGGAGGACAGACUGUAACCGUAACGAACAGAUAGGUAUUAGGGGCGUCCCAAUUUAAUGUCCCUAGUCAACUGUUGGGAAUGUGAUCUACUCAGGUCCCUCUAUAUAAUCCUCACCUUCCCCUCUUCCGGCCCCCCGUGGUGACCCCUGCACGUUUCGGUUGAUGGCAUCGUCUCGUUGGUUUGGACCGGCACGUGAGUUCUGUACAUUUACAUUCUGCAUCAUAAACCUUGUGUAGGAAAAUGACGACCACUGAGCGGACGCACGAGACGGCCAGAACUCCCACAAAUCCCACAAGUCCCACACAGCUUCUGAAGGCGACGUUACUGUACGACAGGACCCAGAAGACGAUGAGGACCAAGAACAAGCUGCACUGAUGACAUCAGGACUUGGGCGACACGGAGAACAGCCAACCAUCACAAAGCUUUGACGUGACGUACGUACAUUUGAUCCUCGUUGAAUGGUAUGUCCAAGACCAAUGGAGCACAGUAUAGAGGAACUGAAGGGUUUGGACUCUCAACCUUCCAAUCAACAGACCAGUACCUUUGUUCUCCGAGCCACGCCCACCACUAUUGUAUAUUUACAGGUACGUCUCUAUAGUAACCGUGCGGUACCUUUUAUUGGGGACUGAAAGUUGGCCGCAGCAGUUACUCCACACCUCACUUUGAUUCUUCAUGGGAAACCUUAUUACCUAAAAGCCACAGCGCCCUUUACUGGUGUGGAGGAAACACUGCCACUGUAAAUGCACAGUGACCCCUAGUGGUGUGGAGGACAAACCACACCUCUGGUAUGCAGGAUCUCGUACGCGACCAACUCUAUCUAAGACUCGUAUUUUACCGUAAUUGCUCUUUUGAGAGAAUAAGCUAAUCAUAUGAUUUUAUUGUUAAUAAUUCAAGUUUAUUUAAACACCCUGAGACAUUGAGUACAGUGAUGAUGGUGAGUGAUGUACAUAGAUAAAGUCACAUUUAUAAAUCGCUAAUAUGAACCUUAUUACGCACUGUUGUUUACUAUAACUAGCUAGCGACCGAUUAGCCCGAUAGCAGAGUUUAGCUCGGAAUUAGCACAAUGCUACCUACAUAACAAACUCAAGUCAAACACGCAGAAUCUUCAGCUGAAAAAUAGCAACGUUUAUCAACUGUAAUUUCUGUAAUAAAUAAAAUUAAUUCUAUUCGAUGUUUUGUUUGUUUACUUGAGUGGAAUCAGUUUGAUUUUAUUUGUAUUUAUUUUUUAUAAUAUUUUGCAAAUUUUA